AUGACAUGUUUCCGUGGACAUGUCCUCUUCUUGGUAUCCCUCUUCAUUCUCCUCUUCAUCGACAUUGGAGAGCUAAGAUUUUACGGGGAGGAUGAGCUCGGGGACUGGAAAGUGACUCGGAAUGGCAAUGAGUUUGCAUUUGAGCUUUUUGACCGGAAAAUAAAGCUAAAAACUCCACAUUGUACCGUACGUGUGGGGAUAGAUGCAGCCAAAUUGUCUGUUUCCGCUUUGAUUCCGCAGGCCUCCCCCGCCCCAUUCCUCUUCCCGGAAGCUCAAUCCACCGUCCUCCCCGACCCUUCAACCUUCUUCGCCCCAAAACUUCUCUCUACUCCACUCCCCACCAACUCUUUCUUCCAAAACUUUGUCCUCAACAAUGGCGACCAACCCGAGUACAUCCAUCCCUACACCAUCAAAUCAUCCAACUCCUCCCUAUCUAUCACAUAUCCGUCUUUCUCCUACACAUCUACCGUCAUAUCCACAGCCCCAUUCGAACCCGACCUCACCAUAUCUGCCUCGAAAACCACCACUGGAAAAGCUCCAAACAACGACCACCAUGUAAUCUCUGACUUCAAUGAUCUCAGUGUGACAUUGGACUUUCCCUCAUCCAACCUCCGCUUCUUCCUUGUCCGCGGCAGCCCCUUUCUUACCUGUUUUCUUUAUCGCCCCUCUGCGCUUACUAUAUCAACUGCUCAUACAAUUGUCUCAUCAUCAUCAGCUAGUAGCUCAAAAACAAAGUUCAUCAUCAAGCUCGACAACAAUCAGACAUGGCUAAUAUACACAUCCAUUCCAACUGAUUUAUCUGACAGCGGAUCAUCCACACUAAAUUUUAAAGCUUUUUCCGGGAUUAUUCGAUUUGCUGUAAUACCGGAUCCUGACCCAAAAUCAGAGGCAAUUCUCGAUCACUUCAGUUCUUGUUACCCAGUUUCUGGUGCAGCUGUGCUCCAAAACACCAAUACUUUGACAUAUAAAUGGGAAAAGGAAGGUGGAGAUUUGCUUAUGCUUGCUCAUCCUCUCCAUAUUAAGCUUCUGUCCAAUGCUACUGUUUUGCAAGAUUUUAGAUAUAAAAGCAUUGACGGCGAUUUAGUUGGUGUUGUUGGCGGUUCGUGGAUGUUAGCAUCGAAGCCUAUUCCAGUCACUUGGAAUUCUGUAAGGGGUGUCCAAAAAGAUUCGUUCCCCGAAAUCAUAUCUGCACUUCGUCGAGAUGUUGACGCUCUUAGUUCAGCAGAAGCUUCUACUACAUCUUCAUAUUUUUACGGGAAAUUGGUUGCUAGAGCAGCAAGGCUGGCUGUGAUAGCCGAGGAGGUAGCUUGUCCUGAUGUGACCCCGGCGAUCAGGACAUUCUUGGCGGAGAAAAUAGAGCCAUGGUUGGAUGGCAGCUUUAGUGGCAACGGAUUUUUGCAUGAUAAAAAAUGGGGUGGACUUGUUACCAAGCAAGGAUUAACUGAUCAGGGUGCCGAUUUCGGGUUUGGCGUUUAUGCUGAUCACCAUUACCAUCUGGGGUACUUUAUAUAUGGAAUUUCCGUGUUAGCAAAGAUUGAUCCUCCAUGGAGGCAGAAGUACAAGUCUCAAGCUUACUCGCUCGUGGAGGAUUUUCUCAACAAGGAUGAACGAUCGAAUCCAAAUUACCCGCGUCUGAGAUCCUUUGAUCUCUAUAAAUUGCACUCGUGGGCAGGUGGGUUGACAGAAUUCGCAGACGGGAGGAAUCAAGAGAGCACGAGCGAGGCGGUCAAUGCUUACUACGCAGCUGCUUUGAUGGGAAAAGCCUAUAAAGAUGCGCAACUUGAGGCCACCGGAUCGCUACUCACUGCCUUGGAAAUACAGGCAGCUCAGAUGUGGUGGCACGUAAGAGAGGGCGGAGAGAAUCGAAUUUACCAGGAAGCUUUCGCAAAGGAAAAUCGAGUAGUGGGGGUUUUAUGGGCGACCAAGAGAGACACCGGACUUUGGUUCGCUACCGCGGAGGCGAGAGAAAUUAGACUCGGAAUUCAAAUGCUGCCCGUUUUGCCAAUCACCGAGGUGUUGUUCUCCGAUGCAGGGUAUGCCAACGAGCUCGUGAGUUGGGCAUUGCCAGCGCUCAAUAAAACAGAAGUCACGGAAGGAUGGAAGGGAUUUGUGCAUGCGUUACAAGGGAUUUACGACACACAAGGCGCUUUGAAGAAGAUUAGGAGCUUGAAUAGUUUCGACGACGGAAACUCCCGGAGUAAUCUUUUGUGGUGGAUUUACAGUCAGUCACAGUAGGUGAUCAGCUUUGCUGCAUGACAUUUUUUCCUGAGGUUAAUUUUAGUAUGUUUUUUGGGUUUUAGCUAGAUUCAAGUUCUUUGUGUAACAAAAUUGAAUCAAUUACAACUCAUGUUUAUUUUCUUUU